CAUUUACAGUGACACAAAGCGGCUGGCAGUCAGCUCUAAUAUUAUUGUUAUCUGGAAAGUAGUGAAAUCAGCCACAAGAGGGAACUGUACCUUCGGUUUUCUCCGUUCCAGUCGCCGAUGCACAAAAUCUGUUAUUGAUGAUUUCUUGAUAAAGCUGAUCACAUUGAGCACUGCCAUGGCGGAUGGUGUGGACCUGAGCCGCAAGUUUGUAUCAGAAUCAGAGUUAGAAGAGAAGAGAAAAAAACGACAGGAGGAAUGGGAGAAAGUCCGCAAACCUGAUGAUCCUGAAGAGGUCCCUGAGGAGGAGUAUGACCCUCGAUCCCUGUUCGAGAAGCUACAAGAACAGAAGGACAAGAAGCAGGAGGAAUAUGAGGAACAAUUCAAAUUCAAGAACAUGGUAAAAGGCUUGGAUGAGGACGAGGCCCACUUUCUGGACGAAGUGUCACGGCAGCAGUGUCUUGUAGAGAAGCAGAGGAGAGACGAGGAGAAACAGGAGCUUCAGGAAUAUAGGAGUGCUUUGAAGAAACUGGUGUCCAGUGAGAGUCAAAAGAAGGAGCCAGAGAAAAAGGCUGCACCCAAACCACCAGAGCAGAAGACCAGCCAUCUGUCUCAGGCGCACCUACUGGCUGGUGCUGUCAAGCGCCGCAGUUCCUCUCAGUCGUCAGAGAGCAGUAAGAAGCAGAAGGUGGAGGAGACAAUCACAGCAGCAGCAGAAACAACCGGAAACGGCAGUCAGACAGCCAGUAAAAGGGAUCAAGUAUUACGUCUUAGUAAUUACUUGCACCAGGUACCUGAAACCUACAAUGCUGUGUCAUGUAAGACCUUAAGUAAACAAGAAACAAGGGAGCAGAAACUUUUGCCCAGGGCAGGAGCGACACAAGGGGGCAUGCUCCACCGGCCCUCUGCAGCCAUGUGUGUGGGCAUCCUGCCAGGGCUCGGGGCCUACUCGGGCAGCAGCGACUCCGAGUCGAGCAGUGACAGCGAAGGUAGCGUGGAAGGAACCACCUUUCCCAUAAAGUGCCACAGACUCUUCAGAUAGACACACUGAUGAGCCACACGGUCAUCCAAUUUUAUUUCUCCUUUAUUACCUUUUGGCUCCUCCCUUGUUUUUGCCCUUUUAGCUGGGUGGAUCACAGUUACUUGAUCUCUUAUGAAACUAUAAGCUCAGUAAUUUGCUGUGUUUUAGUUCUGAAAUCUGAAGUUCUGGAUGUGCACACUUUUUUAAUAGGCUCUUUUUCCUUAUCUGGUUUAGUACUAAUUAAAGGCUGCUUUAACAAUAA